AUGUCCCAGAAGGCCCCAUCUAACCACCAGAUCACCCAGUGUAGACGCAGACAUUCCCAGCUGCCCAUAGGCUGGCGGCUGCUGUACGGGGCCAAGAAGAUCAGCCGCCAGCUGAGCCUCCUGCUGAGCCUAGCUGGCAUGGUGAUCAUCGGUCUCAUUUCUCUGGGCCAGCCCUGGAUCCACUUCCAGGUGCCACUCACAUCCCCUGGAGACCCUGCUGGCCCCUUGACCAUCUCCAUCAACACCAUCUUCUUUGUGCAGUGCGCUGACACCUCCUGCCUACAUGAGUACGACCAGAAUGCUUACUUGUUGGACUUUUCCUGGGCCUUCCUCCUCUUUGCCGGCAUCAACAGCUUCUUCCUUUGCAUGAUACUCAUAAACAUCAUCUUCUUCACCAGCUCCAACCUGCCCAUGCUGGACUUCUCCAACUUCAUCAUCAGCAUCUUGACAGGGACCAGCAUAAUGCUGGGGGUCCUGUUCUACCUGAUGCAGGCCCAUGAGUACCUGCAGGAAGGCAUGACCUACAGGCUGGGGCAGAGCUUCUACCUGGCAUGGACUGGCAUCUUCUUCUUCCUGAUGACGGGUCUGAGAAGAGGAUGGGGUUUCUUUUCCUACCUGAACUAUAUGAAUUUCUGGUCCACCCUGGCGCUCCAGGCCAUCUGGACUUAG